AUGAGAACGAUGGUUGAUUUAGGAAAGCAAAGAGAUCAUCAUCACUUGCAAAUUAUAAGCACUCCGACCACCGUCGAUUGCGCUCGUGAAUUCCGUCUCCGGCGAACUCUCCGUUCGUUUAUCGAGUGCAUGCUCCCAUACUGUUGCACUUACCAACACCAUUCUCCUUCAUACCAAAACGAUACCGUUUCAGUCUCUUCCUCUUCCUCCUCAUCUUCCUCUUCAGAACACUCUUCCUCCUCCUCCUCCUCCUCACAGAGUAACACCAUCGUAAGUGGAACCUUCUUUGGGCACCGUCGUGGCCGAGUAAGUUUUUGCCUUCAAGACUCCGCCGUGGGAUCUCCUCCGCUUCUCCUCCUCGAGCUAGCUGUUCCUACGGCGGCUUUAGCCAAGGAGAUGGAUCAAGCCGGUGUUCUGCGCAUAGCUCUCGAGUGUGACCGUCGUCGAAACAGCAGCAACAGUCGUUCCUCGUCGAUCUUUGAUGUUCCUGCGUGGUCCAUGUAUUGUAACGGAAGGAAAAUGGGAUUUGCUGUGAGGAGAAAGGUCACGGAGAACGACGCCGUUUUCUUGCGGAUGAUGCAGUCUGUCUCAGUUGGAGCUGGAGUUGUGCCGUCGGAUGUGGAAGAGCAGACGCUGUAUUUGAGGGCGAAGUUCGAGCGAGUCACUGGCUCGAGUGACUCGGAAUCGUUUCAUAUGAUGAAUCCUGGUGGUAGUUAUGGACAGGAGCUUAGUAUAUUUCUUUUGAGAUCGUGA